CAACGCUCCUCUUGCUAACUCUUCUCGAAAUCAUUCCGGGAGACUGAAACGCGAGCGGGCCUUGCCGAUUCCUCCUCCUCUUCUCCGUUGAACUCUUCAUCUUUCUACCCUUCUUCUCUGAUUUUUGCCUUCCGUUGAUGACACUAUAGAUUCUUCUGGAUGGAUUGCUGUCUGUGCUUCGGAGGAUGGAAGAAGAAGGGGAAGCAAUGGACGGGUAGACCUAACAAGGUCCACCCGCUGUCACCCGAUCACCGACCCGACUCCAAUGAACUCGAGAGUCGCAAAUGGACUUCCCCUGCUGAGGAAGCCGGCGAUCGGGAGACAUCUCCAUGGGGACCAGAGGCAACUUUAUCACCGGCGAGCAAGAUUUCUAAGGAUGGAUAUUGCCAUACUGCUGCUCGGGCGUUCACAUUGCAUGAAUUAUCAUCGGCAACUAACAACUUCAGCGCCGACUGUCUUUUAAAUACGGGAGAUCACUAUCGACUAUACAAAGGCGUCCUGGAGAAUACCAAUCAGCUUGUAGCUAUUAAGCUGCUUCACCGCAAUAGGCUGCAACAACGAAAAGAGUUUUUGGUCGAGAUAUCAAUGCAGAGCGCGCUUCAUCACGAAAACGUUGUUGAUCUCAUUGGAUACUGUGAUCAUGGGGAUAAGAAGUUGUUAGUCUUUGAAUACAUGCCAUUAGGAUCUUUGGCAGACCACCUGCAUGGUUCUAUUUCUGCUAAAACGCCGUUGUGCUGGAGUACCAGAAUGAGGAUUGCAGCUGGCCUGGCAAAAGGCUUAGAAUAUUUGCAUGACAGAGCUGAUCCUCCCGUAAUAUAUCAUAACUUGAGAAGCUCAAAUGUUCUUCUUGGAGACGGAUAUCAACCUAAAUUGGCUAAUUUUGGACUAUCGAAACUUGCCCCAUAUGAAGGUGAGCGGAAUAUGGACUGGGGAAGAGUAUGGGACUCACAAACAUGUGCAUAUUGUGCACCAGAGUAUUUCAUGACCGGUCGUAUUACUCCAAAAUCUGACAUAUACAGCUUUGGAGUUGUCCUUUUGGAACUUAUUACUGGAAAAAAAGCAUUUGAUCAUUCCCGGGCUACAGGAAACCGUCUUGCUGCAUGGGCUAGCCCUCUCCUGAAAGAUGCAAGGAAAUAUCGAAAAAUGGUCGAUCCGGGGCUUAAGGGUCAGUACCCAUUUAAGAGAUUGUACCAAGCAUUUCAUGUUGCUGCCAUGUGUCUUCAAGAAAACCCAAGAAGGCGUCCACCAGCCGCUGACCUCGUCACUGUCCUCACCUACCUUGCAUCCGAAGAGUACGAGCCUGACAUUCUUUAUGCUCGGAGUGGGCACCUUGCUCCUAGAACUGCGCCACGAUCAACAAGCAGAAGUGGUGAAAAACAGAGUGGCUGCUCCGACCACCGAGAUCAGGCUGCUGAAAUCAAGAUCCGCAACGGCACUGAGGUUCCGAACUCUUGACAAGUUUAGGAAGUGAUGGCGUUUAUAAGCAACGGGGUCACUAUCAUUGCAUAUUGGCGUUAUCCUAUUGACUACAACUUAGCGAGGUCCAUUCAAAUUUCGGUAAGUUUUUUUGUUUCUUUUUCUAGUUGUCUUUAUCUAAUAUUUAUAUGUUUCAAUAUAAUAAACCGAAAAUUGUAUUGGCGGUAUGUUAUAGAACGCCAGAACUGCAACUCAUUGUUAAUUUGUUGCGUUUACAUAACUUUUGUUUAUUUAGUUAUUUGUUUUGGAAAUGAAGAAAUCACUUUCAAGAGA